AUGCAUUCCCCCAUUUCUGAUGAGGUUGAUCAACCCCCCUCCCAAAUGCGGAUAGAUCAACUCACCUCACAACUUGCCGAGAAAGAACGCGAACUGGAGCUCAUGUCCAGGGAUCGAGCUCGUCAGCUGGCUGCCUUGCAGGACAUGGACUCCCUGUAUCGUCUUGCAAAAUCUCGCGUGCAUGCGGAAAAGGUGAUGAAGGAAGAAUACCAGUCUGAUCUGCAAUACCAACUUAGCCGCCUAGAACAUUUGCAACGAGAGCAUGAGACGGAGCUAUCUCUUCUCCGCACGUGCCUUAACGUCAAGCAAGACACAAUCGCUCAGCAACAAGCAGUGAUCGACUCCUUACACGCGGAGCUGGCUCGAGCUUUGAACGCCCCAGAGGCUCCUGAGUCCCUCGACAUUUCUUCACGUGGCAUGGCUGCCAUUCUCCGUUCUUUUGCCAGCCAAGAAAAACCCUCCGUGGUCGUUCUGCAAGCUCUGAAUGAAGAGCUAACACAAGGCCUAUCUUCUGAUCCCGCUGCUUCCGUCGGUCUGCCGCCUUCGGAAUCCCAAACUUCUGAUGCGGUGGUCACCUCGACACUUAUUGAACCACCUGCUCCCAGCCCUGCAGACUCAUCCCUACUCCGAGUCUCUGAUCGACCUGCAACUGGACCAUCGCCAGCAGGACAAGUGCCCUCUCCUCUUCCUACUAUAAAGUUGUGUCUUGCACGCAAGGGCAAGAGAGUAGCACCGGUCACCGCAACUUCUCCGCCACCCCCUCGCCGCCAGCGUGUAGUUGGCAUCUCUUCUCCUUCCAGGUCCUCGGAUACAAGCUUGGCCCAGGAGAAGGCCUCUGAUAUGGAAAUUGCAGACCCGUCCUUGGACCUGACAGCUCCGGUGCCGGUCCAGAGCUUAUUACCUGCCCCGCCUUCGCCCUCUGGCGAACAGCCCCAGGGCUCGAUGACUCCCCCAGCCUCUUCUCUUCUUCUGCCUACAAGCUCAGCCUCACCGGCCCAUGAACUGCCUUCCACGGAGCUAGCUUUCGAGGCUUCCUGGAGACUUCCCUCCGAGACCGAUCCGGCUUAUGCACCUGCUGCCGCCCUAUCUUCUAUCCUUGGUAGGGUUGACUUCUAUGGGGACUUGGCUACCUCCUGGCAAUUAGCAAAUCGUCAGUUCUGGGAGAGCAGUUCCCCUUUGGAGGGGUUUGAUCAAAUCGCCCAUUCCUUGGUAGCGGUAAGCUCCUUUUCUUCUCCUGGGCAUUCAUACAUUUAUGUAACCCCCUUUCUCUUCCGAUGGCCGUUUGCAGACCUGUUCCGCGAGUUUGAGCGCCGUUCAACAAGCGGCCGAGCUUUAGCGAGAGAAUGCGGUACUCAAGGCCCGUCUUCGGGAACUAGAGCCCCCUGUGGCUUCCUCGGCUCCUCCUGA